GCACUGAGCAGAGUGUAAUAGUGUAUCAUUGGGGACAUUGGGCCAGGGGGAAAGAAGCAAAAGAUCACAUUGCUUAGCCCGUAGCAUUAGCUUAAUAAAAUUGACAAAAAUGUUAGACCUUCGUGAGGAUAAUACGAACAGUGCCUCUACUUAUUCGAGGCGACAAAAUGACGAAAUCAAUAUUCCAGUAACUUCACAGCAUGGAACAGCAGCACUCAGUCCGUAUCUAAAUUUCGAUCCUUCGUACUUGCCAACCAGUCAACCCGAAUUCAUUUUUCCUGAAGGAGCAGUUAAACAGAGAGGUCGUUUUGAGCUGGCUUUCAGUCAAAUUGGUGCUGCUUGUAUACUCGGAGCAGGCUUUGGCGGAGCUACAGGUUUUUAUAGAGGUCUCAAAGCCACCACAUUGGCUGGUCAAUCUGGAAAACUUAGAAGAACUCAAUUACUUAAUCAUGUAAUGAAGCAUGGAUCUUCAUUAGCGAAUACUCUUGGUGUUGUGUCUGUAAUGUAUAGUGGUUUUGGUGUUUUACUUUCCUGGGCCAGAGGUACUGAUGACUCGCUCAAUACAGUAGCAGCUGCAACUGCAACCGGUAUGCUCUUCAAAUCAACUGCGGGAUUACACAGAUGUGCCAUGGGCGGUGGAAUCGGCUUAGGAAUCGCAUCACUUUACUGUCUUUGGAAUAGUCGAGAAGCACUUUCUCAAUUGAGGCAUCACAGCAUGAAUCCGGCGUAAGACCGUGUGUACCAGAGCAGCAUCCCUAAGCCAAAACAUACCCCAGUACCUUCGAUAAAUCCCUGUACCAACAUAACCUAUCGCAUUACCAAAAUUACAACUUAUUCAUGCACAAAAAUUGAUGAGCAGCUUCAAGUAUUUCGGCUGAUUGUUUAGUGUCGGAAAAAAACGCGGUGUUUUUAAUAUUUUCUAGAUGGUAUACGAAGAAAAUGUUUUCUAUUAAAAAAUGAUAACGGUUAGCACUAAAGUUUAUUGAAAAAUUGAAUUCUAUAAUAAUCAUUGAUAAUUUGACAUCGAAAACUUUUCUUCAAUUUGUGGGCUGCAUAAUUUUGUGUUACUAAAGUGAAGUUUUCAUCGUUAUACGCAGACUUUCCGGUCAAAUGUACUACUAGAUUAGAAAUAAAUAACACCUAUCAACGAUUCA